AUGUCCGAAACGUCGGUCUCAGAUAAGUUAGAGAAAGAUAAUCUUCGUACGCCAACAGAGAAAAAGAACGACGCGCAAACAAACAAUACCGAAAACCUUUCGGAAAGUUCAGGCAAGAAAAGAGAGACAACGGACUUAAACGCUAAUGUUAUCACCAAUGAAAACAGCAACUCGAAUUCAGUUUCCCUUAUUGAGAAAGCAGAGCUGCCAAACCCAAAAACAGAGACUGGUUCAUCAAACGCUGCACCUCAGGGUCCUGUAACAGUCUCUCUAUUGACCUCCAGCACAUCAGCCUCAUCUGAAGCUGCUCCAAAGGUCAUGGUAGGCCCCGCACAGAUGAAAUCUUCAACACCCGUGGUCGUAGGGGCCAGAGUUGUGACAUCCAGCGUUCAGGGACCAGGGGCCACUAGUUUGGCUCUGGUUCCUCAGCCUGGAAGAGUUUCAGUGGCCAUAAGCCAGCCCAGAGUCACCACACUGACCACUGCCAAAGGGCCGGUCAUGACUUUGCCAAGGAUUUCCACUCCAUCACAAAGUGUGCCAAUGACGCGCGCCCCUCAGACGGUGCCACUGCAGCUGCCUGCCAACUUCCAGGUACCACAAGGAAUGGUGUUAAUCCGCAGUGACAGUGGGCAGUUGAUGUUGGUGUCUCAGCAGGCUCUGGCCCAGGCUCAGGGAAUGCUGCCAAAAGCAGCCAGUGCCAAUGCCUCGGCUAUAGUUAGACCCUCGUCCUCACAGGCAACUAUAAACACCACACCGCUCAUCAGAGUUUCUCUCCCUCCUACAAGUGCAUCAGCUACUGCUAAUAUUAAACUUAACCCUACUGUGGGGACUGCCAUUCAGAAACCAGCCGCAGCUACAGGAACUGCUGUUUUCACGCCAUCAUGUUCAGCAGGAACCGCCAUCAGUAAGCCGGCCGCUGUUGUAGGCACAGCCAUCAGAAAGCCCAGCUCUACCAUGGGGCCAGUUAUCAAAGCCAGUCAAAUGACUCCAAACAGCAGCACACCAGGGACAUUUAACCAGAGGACUAAUUCUGUCACCGCAACUACAGUAAUUAAUACCUCUGCUGGAAAGUCUGUGGGCAAAGGUGGACCCUCCAUCCAGAGUAAUGCCCCGCGAGUGGUGUCUCCUAAUGUACCACCCAGAUCCAGCACAAACACAUCCUCAACACCAGUCACUGUUACAGCUGAGACCUUGGAGAAUGUGAAGAAGUGUAAGAACUUCCUGGUCACUCUUAUGAAGCUGGCAUCAAGUGGCACUCGCUCUGCUAACAUGGCCCAAAAUGUCCGCGCUCUUGUCAAAGGCCUGCUGGAUGGGAAACUAGACGCUGAAGAAUUCACAGAGAAACUCUACAUGGAGCUCAAAUCGUCUCCUCAGCCAUAUCUAGUGCCUUUCCUGAAGAGGAGCCUGCCAGCCGUCCGUCAGCUCACGCCAAACUCGCAGCUCUUCAUUCAGCAGUGCGACCAUCUCAAGCCUUCAGAUUCAGCCUUGACCAAAUCCACAAACCAGAAGGCCUCUGCGUCUGUCAGCUCCUCCCUCAAAAACAGCCAGCCAACCAGAACACCUCAGCUGGUGCAAACUAAAGAGGUGGUCGUCAAACAGCCUCAGGUGGGCUUAGCUGCGCAGAGCCAAACCCACUCUAAACACAUGGUCAUUCAGACCAGCACUCAUUCAACAGGUGCUGUUGUGCGGCAGUCCAUCCUUCAGGCGUCUAAAACACACUUUUCCCAGCCGACCCUUCCAGCACAGGCACACGGCUUCAAGGACAGCACCUCGGGCUCUUUCCGAGAUGACGAUGACAUUAAUGAUGUGGCCUCCAUGGCUGGAGUGAACCUGAGUGAAGAAAAUGCUCGUAUUUUGGCCUCUGGCUCCGAACUCGUGGGAUCAGUGAUCCGCUCCUGUCAAGAAGAGCCCUUUCUAUUCCCAUCAGCCCUGCAGACACGAGUUCUGCACAUCGGUGGCUCUUUGAGUGUCACAGAGGUCUGUCCUGAUGUUCUUGAGUUAAUCUCUCUGGCGACACAGGAGAGACUUCGAGACCUGCUGGAGAAGAUCACCGUUGUGGCACAACAUCGACAGAUCUCUUACAGGGAUGAUUGGCGCUACACUCAGACCAAUGACACACGCUCUCAGCUGAAGUUCCUGGAGCAGCUAGAAAGACUGGAGAAGCAGAAGAGGGAGGAAGAGGAGCGGGAGACACUGCUACGCAUCGCCCGGAGUCGCUCAAACAGCGAAGACCCAGAGCAACAGCGCCUAAAACAGAGAGCCAAAGAGAUGCAGCAGUUGGAGUUGGCACAGAUGGAGCACCGAGAUGCAAAUUUGGCAGCGCUGGCAGCCCUCGGGCCCCGUAAGAAGAAACCUCUGGAGGCUCCAGGCUUAGGGGCCAACCAGUUGUUAGGUUCACAUGGGCACUUUGCUUCUCGAGCUCCUGUUCGAGUCACUAUGAGAGAUUUGACCUUCUACAUGGAGCAAGACCCCACAUUCAGACACACUCUCAUGCUCUAUAGAGCCUUUUUGGGUUAGA